AUGAGUUCACGCUCUUCCAAGCACCAAGACUCGAGCUCGCGGAAGCAUUCAUCCAAGGCCAAGUCCAAGCCCAAAUCUGACGACUGGACCGAAAUCACAGAGCCCGAGGAGAGACGGCGCAUUCAAAACAGGAUCGCGCAACGCAAAUUCCGAGAGAAGGCCAAGGAUCAGAAGGAGAGGGAAGAACGAGACUCGCGCAACCAAGAGUACGCUGGCAGCAGCUACCAUGUUCCCGACGCGACCGACCUCGGCGCCGCCGCCGACGACGAGCUCUCCGGCCUGCCCUGGGGCGGGAUCAGCAUGCGUCACGUCGUGGCGCGGGGCCACGAGAGCGAGAGCCGACGCGGGAGCGGCAGAGAUGAUUACCCCCGCGACGAAGCGCAGUACCAGGCCUCUUCGUCCGGGUACUACACGCAGCAGCAGCAGUAUCAUCAGACAGGGGGAAGUUAUGGCAGCCACGACAGCAGUGGUGGGGAUGACCGCUAUUAUGACGAGCAGUCGGCGUAUUAUUACGAUUAUGACUACGACUACGAUCAGAAUAACGGCGGGGGCAGCUCUUCGCAUCAGACCUGA